AUGCUUUCAUCCCCCUCAUCCUCUGGACUCGUCUGCGGUCCAUCGAUUGCUGUUUCUUACGCGCGCCUCGACGCCAAGCGCUUCGCGGCCGAGGUCGGGCGCAGUCCCAUCAAGCCAAGGGCAACCCGCACUCAAUCCGCGCUGACCCCGAAUCACAAUGUGCCCCACACGCAGAGCGACGGCGGCCUCGCUACCUCGUCGCCGCUGCCCUUUCUAGGGCCGGCACGACCAGGACCGGACGCGCAGCUUGAGGGAAGCGAGCCUCGAGGGACGCAUGGGAGCGCCGUCUGCAUGCGUCAUCGCUCCCUCGCUCAACUCACGGACACGUACACCGUGUUCCUCCCGUCUUCCCAGCUCGCCCGGAUGUGCCCUGAGCGCACACGACUGUGGUCGAUAACGCCGGCCGCUCAUAAUAGACCCUUUCAUUUACUUAUUUACUCUGUUCUCUCUCGGGUUUACUCGCAACUUGCUUGCUUGUCUGUUGUUACGAUUGUGUACCAUAGCCGGAUUGCUACUCCCAGCCAUUCAUCAUCCCUAUACUUACCCGUCCUGUUCUCCCAUCCCAUCCCCCUAUCUUGCUUGCUUGCCAUCGUUCUCGCCAUUGACUCGCCCUGA